AUCCCCUCUUCAGUUACCUCAAGCCAGCCAAAAAAACAAACAAAACACUCAUCUCAAACAUCCAUUUAAACAUUAACCAUGGCUUCAAUGCAAUGCUACAAAGAAGAAGGUAAGGAGUUUGAUUACUAUGAGAAAUCCUCAGGCACUUACCAAAAACCAACUAACUACUCGAACUCGGGUUACCAACAAUCUUACUACGAGAAAGAAAGGUGUUACGCAACCAACCCUGGAAUGACGGGUUAUGGUACUGGUUACGGCCAUCAACAUGGACUAGGUAACGGAUAUGGCAGCACUAACCCAUGUGGGCCGAUGAUGGGCCAUGGCACGGGCUACGGGUCGGGCCACAACACUCAUGGAAUGAUGGGCUAUGGCACGGGCCACAACACUCACAUGCAGAAACCCGGGUUCGGUGGAAUGGGCUCGGGCGCUUUGGGCCAUGUUAUGGGCUUUGGAAAGAAACAUGAGGGACAUCAUGGACAUGGUGGGUACGGAAUGGGCUCUUCUGGUUGCACCACUUACAAGAAACAACACCGUAGGAGAAAGGGUGGUUACGGUAGCGGUAGUGGCAGCGACUGUAGCGACAGCAGCGGUGAUGAACGUCGCUGCUAAAUAACUACAGGUAACUAUUCAUGAUUUGGUAAGUAGCAGCUUGGCUUAUGAGAAGGAAGAGAGUGAAGUUCCUAGUACUAACUAGGGAGUAUAUUAUGACAUUAAUAAAUAAGAAGCAGAUUUUAGCCAUGGCUAGCUAUUGACUACUUAAGUUAUGGACCUACUAUAUAUGAAACUUGAGAAUUUGUGUGUGUGUUGGCAUAUUAUGUACUGAUUAUAAUGUAACUGCUUAUUCCCUUUGGAAAUAAAUCUAUGAGAAAAUAACCCCCAAAAAAGGUCUUAAUGGUAUGUACUAUGUUUUCUGCAUGAUAUAAAACCGCUAUGAAAUUCAAUA